AUGAAGAAGAAUGUGAGUGAAGAGUUCUCAACCAUGGAAAUAGGGCCUGGGGCCAAGUGUGCUCCCAGUGGGGAAGAAUUGCAAGAUGCUCCUCAGUUUAAUACAAAGAGCAACCUUUGCCAUUUGGAAAAGUUGGACAAGAAGUGGGACAAAGAAAAGGUGCUCACUAUAUCUGAGCUUGCCGCAAGGCACCUUCCUCUCCACCGCCUUGCCUUCUGGAGGAAUAUGACUUUGCUGAUGCUUCUUUUCCUUUCUGUGGAGCAGACUUCUGCAUCAUAUGGCAAGAAAAUCAAACAGAAACUAGGAGUGUGCCCCAGAGAGAGGCUCAACUGUACCAGUACACAGCUGAGCUUGUGCCGAAAGGAUUUCGACUGUGCAGAUUCCCUGAAGUGCUGCCUCUUUGCCUGUGAGGCAAAAUGCAUGGAUCCAUACCAAGAACCCUGCAUGCUACCAUUACAAACAGGAAACUGUCAGGAGAAUUUGGAUCGCUGGCAUUUUGACUUUGAAGCAUAUGAAUGCAAACCUUUCACAUACAGCGGCUGCAGUGGGAAUGCCAAUAACUUCCUCAGCAGGGAACACUGCAGGGAGGCCUGCAUGUUAGUUGUCAAGAAAGGCCAGUGCCCACUCUUCCCUUAUGAUGCUCGAGUACACUGUCCAUCACCCUGUAAGAGUGACAUUGAUUGCCUCCAGAAUACAAAGUGCUGUGAAUCCAGUUGUGGCUUUGUUUGUGCCAAGAGCUUGACAGCCAAAGCAGGUUUUUGCCCUGUGGAAAAGAAAUGUCCCAAGAUUAAUAGACCCCAGUGCAUGGAAGAUUUUGAUUGUCCACAGGAAGAGAAAUGCUGCUCAUCUUGUGGGCUGAAGUGCAUGCAACCUGCAGGACUAACAGAGAACCCUAACCUAUUUGGUAUUAAUACACUGUGA